AUGCAGUCCGGUGUGCAAACUCGCUCACGUAAAAGCCAACUGAAAACUAGAAAUGACGAAAAUGCCAUUAUAGUGAGUAAACAGGUCGCUAAAACAAUUAACACCAGAUCGAGAUCAAGAGUACCUUUGGUCCCAAUUGAUACAAAUCCCAUAUCAAAGAGAUCGACGAGAACCGAAAAGGAUUGUAAGCGGCAAAAGUUAUGUGUUGGAAAAAAUUUAUUCUCUGCUGAACUUCGACGGUUUUCUUCUCCCGUACGGUCGAUUGCUAUUCAAUUCUUCAAACAAAGGUGCGCAAUUAGGGUGAAGUGUAUGGCAAAAAAUCCGUCUAUUUUCCUGGAACUUGACAAGGAUUUCGGACAUGUACAUAAAAUAGAUAAUCAUAUAGCCGAGUGCUCUUUCGACUAUUUGCAAAUGAAGUCAAUUUUAGCCUUUCAUCUUGAGCAGAAUUUCAUGAAACAUUGUGUUGGAUUAAAUCCCCGAAUGCGCUAUAUUCUUGUCGAUUGGAUGGUCCAAGUUCACUCUAGUUUUCGUCUUCUUACUGACACUCUGUAUUUGGCGAUUGGAUUGCUGGACCAGUUUUUACAGAAAGCCUGCGAUAUAGUUACCAAAAAUACAUUUCAAUUAGUCGGUAUCACGACGCUCUAUAUUGCCGCGAAAUACGAGGAAAUGUUUCCACCUGAUGUGCAUCAGUUUUGCAAUAUCACCGAGGGUGCUUUUUGUGCGUCCCAAAUCCUAGACUGUGAAAUUCUUAUUCUCAACAAACUUGAUUUUGACAUGGUUAUUCCAACACCAUACUUGUUUCUUCGGCGGUUGCUACUUGCUCUUAGAGCUAAUUCUUUAACCCAAAAUAUGGCUAAGUAUUUUCUAGAAGUUGGCUAUCAGGAAUACAACAUUGUUCACUAUGGACCGAAUUGUCUUGCCGCAAUGGCUGUUUGUUUGGCUAGGGCGGUCGUUACCAAUCAGCCCAUUUUAGAGAAAGUUUGGGAUGACAGAAUAUCUUUUAUUAGUGGCCUCUUAAUUGAUGAUAUCCGCGAACCUUUAAUAACAAUGGCCAGGGGUGUGUAUCGACAAAAGGAACCUUCCAAAUAUCGUAGCACUUAUACUAAGUUUGGAUCUAAUGAUGCUUUUCAACGUGUAUCAACUUUACCGCAAAUGGAAUCGAAAACAAUGAGGUUAAUAGCUGGUGAACCUUGA